GCGGCUCGGAAUUUUAAAAGCUUUAAGCUUGCUGCGAAAAGAUUGGAAGAAGUUUCCGUGUCUUGUAGAGGGAUAGAAAGAGUUCAGUUGCUAAGAAGGUGGUUGGUUGCAUUAAAAGAAAUUGAAAGAAUAUCCGGAGGUGAUAUUGAGAUUAAUGGGACAAACUCUGAGCAGCUUCUUAUCUCUGAUGAAUCCAAGGAUUCCCCGAGGAAGCCUACUGUGGUUUUGUAUUAUGAUGCUGAUCUUGGUGGAGAAGCAAUGAAUUUCCGCGAGGUGUUUCUUCACAGUCAAGCUCUUGAAGGCAUGACAUUGUCCAUGAUUCUUGAAGCACCAAAUGAUGAGGAAGUUUCUUUACUUCUGGAGAUAUUUGGACUCUGUCUUACAGGAGGAAAGGAAAUUCAUACUGCAACAAUGAGCAGCAUACUAAAUUUGGCAAAAGCUUUCUCAAGCUAUGAAGAUGAAGUACUGGCCAAGAGAGAAGAACUUCUCCAAUAUGCUCAAGGUGCAAUUGCCGGGCUGAAACAGAAUGCUGAUAUUGCAAGGAUAGAUUUCGAGGUCUCAAAUAUACGCCAAAACCUUGAUGGAAUGAGACCCCAGCAGCUUUCCAGUGACGGUGAUAUAAAAUCUUCUGAAGCUACUACUCUCGCAACAGCAGAGGAUCUGAAAGCAGCUUGUGCACAAAUUCAACUUUGUUCCAGAUUGGAGGCACUUUUACUGAAGAAGAAAUAUUUAAACAAUGGGGAUGCUCCAGAGAUUCACGCUCAAAAGGUUGAUAAGUUGAAAAUUUUAUCAGAAUCUCUUGUUAGCUCUGCAUCAAAAGCUGAAACACGCAUUGCAGACCACAGAGGUCAAAAAGAAGAGGCACUUAACUUUCGGGUAACCAAAACCAGUGAAGUUAGCCAACUUGAGAAGGAAUUGGCAGCUGAGGUCGAAGCACUUGAAAAGCAGAGAGAUAAACUUGAAGCUGAGUUGAAAAAGGUCAAUACGUCGUUGGCUUCUGCACAUGCUCGUCUUCAUAUUGCAAGAGAAGAAAGAGAUCAAUUUGAUGAAGCUAGCAAUCAGCUUCUUCUACACUUGAAGAUAAAGGAGGAUGAGCUGUCAAGAUCUAUUGCUUCAUAUAGAGCAGAAGCGGAUGUUUGUAAUUCAUUUAUUAAUUUUCUGGAAGGUACCUGGGUUUUUCAUGCCUCAUACACAGAGCAGAAGGAGAAGCAAGUCAAUGAUGAGUUGGAGAGAUAUGAAGAUUAUUUUGUGAGUUUGGCUGUUCGACUUUUAUCUGCUUACAAGGAUGAGUUGGGGCCUUCUAUCACAAGUAUCAGGAAGCUUGUGGAGAACCUGAAAGAGUAUAGUACUUGGUUCCUUUUAAAUGUUAAGGGUAAAGAGGAACUACAUUUCUAAUUUUAAGCAUGUGCCAGGUCAGACAUGGCAGGUGAUGUAAGCAAUGACAAUACAGAAGAGGUCAACAAAAGGAAAAAUCUUGAAGAAGAAUAUCUGAAUUUAGAGGCCAAGGUAUUUAGUAUACGUACAUGUUUGUGUGUAUCUAUCAUAAUAUAUGGAUAACUCUGUAGUUCAAUACAAUGUCUCAGUUUCAGAUUCUUUACUUGUAUUGUUUUGGAUUGAAGUUACUAUCAAGCAUGAUACCUCUCAUUUGUUCAUCUUCUUAGACGUCCCUUUUGUCAGUGGCACUUGUAUAUUUGACUGUUUUGGUUUUUCAUUUCUUUUUCUAUCACUUGUGUGGGAAAAUCUGCACAUCUGCACAAUUUUGGUCAUUGAUUUACUUAAUGAACAAAAAUGUCAUCCUUUAUAGUUUCUGUCACAUGGUGCAGUUUAUAUCUAUGUUCAGUAUAGUGGAAAGCAUCAAAAGGCAGUUCUACACUCAAAGUGAAGAGAUUUCUAGGAAAGGUGAUCAUAGGGUAAAAGAAAUGUUAGUUGCUCUGGGAAAGAUCAAAGAUGAAUUUGAAUCGAUCGAGAGACCAACUUUGGAAGCUGAGAUUCAAAGCCAGAAAGCAGAUACACCAUCGAAGGAGAGGCCACAAAGAAGUCUAUCUCCCUCUUUUAAACAGGCCUCAAAAGAUCAAUUUGAAUCCAAUGAGGGACAAAAGUUUGAAUUUGAGACUUCAACGAAAAAAUCAGACACUUCAACAAAAGAGAGUCCCCUCAAAAGUCUAUCUCCAACUUGCAAACAGACUACUGAGACCUUGGAACACAAGCAAGAUGAAUUUUCUGAGUUGUCCGCGAUUAAGAGUGAAAAGCUGUCGAACCCAGAGGCAGCACUGUCAAAGUUGAAAUUGGAGUUGGAAUUCGAGAACAAUAACAGAAACCUCUCAAAGGAGGAGAUUGGUGAGUGGGAAUUUGAUGAACUUGAAAAGGAACUGAAAAAUGAUGAAUCAGCAUCCCAUAAGUAGGCCAACCUUGCUCCAAUGACAGCUCUCUGUGUUACAUAAGCAUCCAUACAGUAUUUGGAUUUAGCAAGAAGGCUCCACGAGCCUAGAUUGGUUGAGGAUCACAUUUUUCUUGCAAAAUGUUGAGCUGACUAUAUCAAGCAUCCAGUAACUCCGCAGAAGCUACAUUUUAGUGAGAGAAAUUUGGCUUAUGGAGCUUGUAGAGGUUAGAAAAUUUGAAUAUUUGUACAUUCUUCAGAAUGUUAUGCGAAAGAAUAUGGUUCUAUGGAACAAAUGUUAGCAGUCUGAUUUGUUUGUUUUUUGUCCCGGACUACCCAACUUGGCUUAUAUUGUUUGUUUCACUCAAUCUGAGGGAAUCAACCUCUAUGAUCCGUUAAAACUAUGUAUCUAUUGAUUUGAUUAUUAUCAAGAAUGGAGAUCAUGAAGGAGAGGAU